AUGGAGAUCAGCUCUCUGCAGUUUGAGGAGAUGAUCAACCGGCUGGAGAAAGGCGGUGGCACACAGAGCAACGUCGGGGCACUUAACGGGAAGAAGAUACCUUCAUCAAUAGGCGCUAAAGGCCAGAGGAGACAGGAGGAGUGCUAUGGUCAGGGAGUCAAGAGCUGUGGAGAGUGUCUGGCCUCUGGACCACACUGUGCCUGGUGUAAGGAGGAGAGUUUCAUAGAACCAGGUCAGCACACGUGGGAGCAUUGUGACACUGCCAGGGCUCUGCUGGAGAGAGGCUGCCUGGUGGAGCACCUCGAGAAUCCCAGAGGUUCCACAGUCCUCCUGGAGAACCAAAAGGAGGAUAUUGACUGGAGGAACGUCACCCAUCUGCUUAUGUUCUCCACUGAUGCAGGCUUCCACUUCGCUGGAGAUGGCAAACUGAGAGGGAUCGUUCUGCCCAACGAUGGGAAAUGUCACCUGGAAAACAAUGUGUACGCCAGAUGUCACCUCCAGGACUAUCCCUCUGUGACUCACCUUGCUGAGAAGCUGAGAGAGAAAAACAUCCAGAUCAUCUUUGCUGUGACCGAAGACGUCACGUACCUGUACGAGGGCCUGAAGAGCACCUUCCCUAAAAGUGCAGUCGGAACGCUCUCCAACAACUUCCAAAACAUCCUGCGUAUAAUAGUGGAGGCAUAUAACGCCCUGACCUCUGAUGUUGUUAUGGAGAAGAGUGAGCUGCCUGCAGACUUCCAGAUAUCAUAUAUCUCCCACUGUAAGAACAAUGAUGAAGAGCUGCUGGAGAGAGAGGACCAGGGAAGGAGGUGCUCCAAUAUCUCCAUUGGUGAUGAGUUGAAGUUUAAUGGGACCAUCUCUGUCCCUCCAUGUCUGUCUGGUACCAGUAUGGGACAGUCCCGUGUGGUCAUCAAGCCCCAGGAGUACGGUGAGGAGCUGGAGGUUCUACUGAAGCCGAUACAUGACUGUCCAUGUCAGAGGGACAGGGUCCCACACAGCCCAGGCUGUAGCCACAGCAACGGGACCCUUGAGUGUGGAGUGUGCAGCGGCCUGGUCAGUGCUGGGAGGGGCGUCUGCAGCUGUGGUGCCUGUCUUUGCCAGGACGGACGCUACCAGGGCCCUACAUGUGACCUCUGCCCCACCUGCACUAGCGCAUGCACCUUGCACAGACCCUUGAGCCUGUGA